GAGAGAGAGAGAAUCACUAGAGGAGUUGCGUUUGGAGAGAGGGAGGCACUGAAGGAAGAGAGAGAGAGAGAGAGAGAGAGAGAGAGAACGAGAGGACGCGGAAAGGGCCAAAAAAAGACGAGAAAGAAGAGAGGAGGAAAUAGUAAAUAAAUCAGGACUAUCGUUUAUUUUGUCUACGUAACGUGAAGUUAUCAGUAGAAAACGGACAAGUCAACCGCUUUUUCAGACGUUUUUACAACACCACGAGGACAGAGACGGGAGAGCCGCAUGGAAUCUUUUCUCUUUGUACUGAACAGGACACUCUUUGCUAUAUCUGUAUUUUUAUACGACGAAUUGUCACAGUGGAAAUAAGCCAAUUUUAUAGUCUAUUUUUGAUGGUGAUUUUGAUUUGGAAACCACGAAGUGAACCUAAUGCCAUGCUCUUUUGCAAAGAAGGGAACAAUAGCGUUACAGAGACUUGACUCGGUACAUUUUCUAUCUGCUCCUGUAGAAUCAAUACCGCGUUAACGACCACACAACACGGAGAACAAUACAAAACUCUACCAACAGGACUUCCAGGAUCUUCUUCAGCCGACAGACCAUGGCUGCGGUUACCAGCCCAGAGACGAGUCCUCAACCCCGGGUAUAUUUCCAGACGGCAGCUGCCGGUUCCACCGAAGAACCGGAGACCCCUGUUCGGAAGCAAGGGCGAGUAACCGUGAAAUAUGACCGAAAAGAAUUGAGAAAGAGACUGAAUCUGGAGGAAUGGAUAAUCGAUCAGCUAACGGAUCUUUACGACUGUGAGGAAGAGGCUAUACCAGAGUUGGAGAUAGAUGUGGAUGAGCUGCUGGACAUGCCUAGUGAUGAUGACCGAGGAGCCAGAGUUAAAGAUCUCCUGAUAGACUGUUACAAACCUACUGAGGACUUUGUGUCUGAUCUGCUGGAUAAGAUUCGUGGCAUGCAGAAACUCACCACCCCCCAGAAGAAAUAACCUCACCCCGUUCUCCUCCCUCAGUCCAAAUGGCCUGCCCCCACCCCCAACCUCACCCCUUUCUCCUCCCUCAGUCCAAAUGGCCUGCCCCCACCCCCAACCUCACCCCUUUCUCCUCCCUCAGUCCAAAUGGCCUGCCCCCACCCCCAACCUCACCCCUUUCUCCUCCCUCAGUCCAAAUGGCCUGCCCCCACCCCCAACCUCACCCCUUUCUCCUCCCUCAGUCCAAAUGGCCUGCCCCCACCCCCAACCUCACCCCUUUCUCCUCCCUCAGUCCAAAUGGCCUGCCCCCACCCCCAACCUCACCCCUUUCUCCUCCCUCAGUCCAAAUGGCCUGCCCCCACCCCCAACCUCACCCCUUUCUCCUCCCUCAGUCCAAAUGGCCUGCCCCCACCCCCAACCUCACCCCUUUCUCCUCCCUCAGUCCAAAUGGCCUGCCCCCACCCCCAACCUCACCCCUUUCUCCUCCCUCACCCCAAAUGGCCUUCCCCCACCCCCAACCUCACCCAACUGAAGAAAUAGGAGCUUUGCCUGGCGGGAGGAGGAGGAAGAGGAGAAGAGAGUGGAGUAGAGGGAAGAAGAUAAAGAGAAGAGAGGGUGGAAGAGGAGGAGAGAAGAUUGAAGCAGCCAUCAGAUCUAAGCAGGGCUCAUGAUGUCCUAUGGGUUUAUUUUACUGUUUUAUUCAGUUGAAGGGGUUUGUAUUGUUGUUAAAUGAUCAAUGGAUCUGUGCUAUUUCUCAUGUUAAUGUGCUGCCAGUGAACAUACUAUAAUGUGGCUAUACGUUUAGUAGUGGUGAGUUUUAGUCCCAAAUGGUAACUUAUCUUUUAUAGUCCACUACUUCUAACCAGGGCUCUGGUUGUGGACUAGGUGAUAGGGAGCCAUUUUGGCUCUGGUUGUGGACUAGGUGAUAGGGAGCCAUUUUGGCUCUGGUUGUGGACUAGGUGAUAGGGAGCCAUUUUGGCUCUGGUUGUGGACUAGGUGAUAGGGAGCCAUUUUGGCUCUGGUUGUGGACUAGGUGAUAGGGAGCCAUUUUGGCGCUGGUUGUGGACUGGGUGAUUAGGAGCCAUUUUGGGACGUAACCUUUCGAGUUUUAGGACUGACUCCUGUGUAUAAUACAUUUAAAUGUCAGUCAUUUAGCCGAUGCUCUUAUCCAGAGCGACUUAUAGGAGCGAUUAGGGUUAAGUGCCUUGCUCAAGGGCACAUCGGCAGAUUUUUUUCACCUAGUCGGAUCGGGGAUACAAACCAACAACCUUUCUGUUAUUGGUCCAAUGCUCUUAACCACUAGGAUAACUGCUGCCCUAUACGCAGCUCUGUGUGUGUUUAACAUGUGUGUGGUCUGGAACAUACAUACACACACACACACACACACACACACACACCGGGGGACUUGAACAAAGUGGCCUUGUUUCUUUCUAGCUCUAUAUUUCUCUGUCUUCUUCUUCUCUAAAACAGUUUCUUUUCUCUCACAUAGUGUGCAGUCUAAGGGCUAUUUUCAGUCAGGACUCAUGGAGAGUUUCCAGUAGAGCAGUAAACCAAUGAGGGGUGAGAUGGGAGGAGGGAGUGAAGGCAGGGGGGGCACUGUAGUGGAAAAUUAUGGCUGUCUGGAUGCUUUUAUCCAAAUAGCAACACACACACACACACAGGAAACAGCAGUAACACAGUCACAGACCACAGCUGCUGCUCCUUCAUGCUCACAUGUUAAUAGUGGCUCUCUCUCCAACACACACACACACACACACACACACACACACACACAUGGGAAGGGGGGGUGAAAAACCUAAUCAUCGAGAGAUAAAUAGAGGGAAAGAGAGAGAGAGAGAGAGAAUCAGAGGUCUUACCCUUCCUGGCUCACAAGGCCUCAGUGUUGCUUAUCAGCUCUCUAUCUGUCCUCACACACACACACACACACACACACACACACACACAGAGACAGACACACACACACACACAGAGACACACACACACACACAGAGACACACACACACACACACACCCACACACACAGAGAAACACACACACAGAGACACACACACACACACACACACACAUACACAGAGACACACACACACACACAGAGACAGACACGCACACACACACACACACACAGAGACACACACACACACACACAGAGACACACACACACACACACACAGAGACACACAUCUCUCUAUUUGGCCCUCACUCCUUCCUUCUUCUCUCUCCUUCCGUUCUACUUCCAACAAUAAUCUACACCGAUGACACCUUCCUUCCUUCCAUCUCUCUUUUUAUUUAUUUAUUUUAUAUUUUUAAUUAGGGCUCUAUUCAAUCCGCAUCGUGGAAGUUCAGCUUUACGGCGUGUCUGAAAGGUGACGUUUCCGUGGAGACCUCAUUCACCGGUAAAACCUGUAUAUGUCGACUCAAGUUGGAAAUGACCUUGACAUUUCUAUCACGGCGUCUAAAAGGGUUUUUCCAGAUCGAAUAAAAAUCCACCGUUGCCUUUUGGCCUUUUAUUUCUGUUACAAACCAAAUAGAAACGAGACUUUCAUUUUUAAUGGAACAAUGUUUUUGUUGUUGUUGUUGUUGUUGUUGUUGAUGUUUCUCCUCUUUUUAAAAAGGAGAUCCUAUUGUUGUUUAGAAAAUAGGUCACCUAGAGGUCACCUAGAGGUCACCUAGAGGUCAUUUAUAUCUCUACACUGCAUUCUUUAGAUGCACAUAUCUAUUCUAGGUCAAUUCUUACUGUGUUUAUUAUUAUUAUUAUUGUUAUUAUUAUUAAGCCUGGUGUGUCCCAAAUGGCACCCUAUUCCCUAUAUAGUGCACUACUUUUGGCCAGAGCCCUAUGUGGGCCCUGUGAUAAGACUGCCGUCCUUUCCAGGGUGUACUUGUACAUCUGCCUCACAGGACAUGAAACAGGCUCAUAUGUUCUGACUCUGACAUGACGACUUACUUACCCAUAAGUCUCUGGUCUAAUGUAGUGCAGUGUGUAGGGGAAUAAAGAAGCUAUUUGAGACGUAGCCCUGAUAGACUGUUUGUUGGGUGUGUCGGACUUAUUUUACUGUAUGACAACUUGCAACAACAAAAAAUACAAUAAAAAAAAUAGAUAUUUUAUUGAUUAAAAGAAAUGCUGUUUUAGAAGUGAUGUGUUUCUGGAGGAAAAGAUGAACAAACUGAACAACUAAAAUGUAGCAAUAUCAACAGGGUCUUGUUAUUUACCAAUUUUGUUACAUUUUUAUGCAACUUUAAUAAAAAUAUGUUGAAACGAA